GCAUGAUGGGGUGACGGACGCAGGAGGAACCGGGGAAGGCCCCGAGAGACAUUGUGAGAACAGUAAGUGUGACCCGAAGAAGAACAUCUUUCAAGAAAUAGUCAGUAGAGUCACAAUGGAGGUUUCCCCAGCAACCAAGCUUGGUGAGACCUUUGUGUUUGAGGAUGGGUUAGAGAUGCAGCAAGAACUUUUCCCAGAGGAGGACCUGGGUGACCCUUUUCUUCAGGAAAGGGGUCUAGAGCAAAUGGCUGUUAUCUAUAAGGAGAUCCCUCUUGGGGAGCAAGACGAGGAACAUGAUGAUUAUGAGGGGAAUUUUAGUCUGUGCUCAAGCCCUGUUCAGCAUCAGAGUAUCCUGCCAGUAAACAGGCCCCAGGAUGACGAAAUAUUUGGCCAAACCUUCCUCCAGAAAUCAGACCUUAGUAUAUGUCAGAUAAUCCACGAUGGAGAAGAACCCACAAUGGAGAAGAACUCACAUGAUUGUGAGAAAGCAGGCAGGGGGGACUUGGGACCUCACAAACUUCACAGAACUGCACAACCAGCAAAGCCCUAUGCGUGUCGGGAAUGUGGGAAGGCCUUCAGCCAGAGCUCACACCUCCUCCGACACCUGGUGAUCCACACGGGGGAGAAGCCCUACGAGUGCUGUGAGUGUGGGAAGGCCUUCAGCCAGAGCUCGCACCUUCUCAGACAUCAGAUCAUCCACACCGGGGAGAAGCCCUAUGAAUGCCGGGAAUGCGGAAAAGCCUUUCGCCAGAGCUCAGCCCUCACGCAACAUCAGAAAACCCACACUGGGAAGAGACCCUAUGAGUGUAGGGAAUGUGGGAAGGAUUUCAGUCGGAGCUCAAGUCUCAGAAAACACGAGAGAAUUCAUACCGGAGAGAAACCUUAUCAGUGUAAGGAAUGUGGGAAAUCCUUCAACCAGAGUUCAGGCCUGAGCCAGCAUCGGAAAAUCCACACCCUGAAGAAACCUCAUGAAUGUGAUCUCUGUGGUAAAGCCUUUUGUCACAGGUCUCACCUUAUUCGGCACCAGAGGAUUCACACUGGGAAGAAACCUUACAAAUGUGAAGAGUGUGGGAAGGCCUUCAGCCAGAGCUCCAACCUCAUUGAACAUCGUAAGACCCACACUGGCGAGAAACCCUACAAAUGCCAUAAGUGUGGGAAAGCCUUCAGCCAGAGCUCGUCCCUCAUCGAGCACCAGCGGAUCCACACCGGGGAGAAGCCCUAUGAGUGUGGCCAGUGUGGGAAGGCAUUCUGCCACAGCUCUGCCCUGAUCCAGCAUCAGAGAAUCCACACAGGGAAGAAACCCUAUGCGUGCAAUGAGUGUGGCAAAGCCUUCCGGCACAGGUCGGCCCUUAUUGAGCAUUAUAAAACCCACACCAGAGAGAAACCCUACGAGUGCAACAGAUGUGGCAAGUCUUUCAGGGGCAGCUCGCACCUCAUUCGGCAUCAGAAAAUCCAUGCUGCUGAGAAGUUCUAGAAGGAGAGGCUCACUCAGAGCCGAAAGACUGUCCCAGAUGGAGCCCACACCCAGUCGCUGUGUCCGUAAGUCCCUGCCCACCUCCCUGAUGACAGUGCUGAAUGGAAACGCACCCACCCAGGCACUCCUGCACACCCACACGAGCAGCCGGGUCCCCGUGGUCCCUGGCUAGCGCCCUGCACUCAGCAGGUUUAUUGGGGGGACAGGAAGGCCACCGGCAUGGGGCGCGCCCAGAGAGAAUCGGCCAUCAGCCGUCUCAUUCUCACAUUGGACUCCCAAGCCUGUGAGAUUGAGUUUUCCCCUCUUUUGCCAGAAUCCAGAAGAAUAAACGUCAGAGAGAGAGAGUUGAGUUAAACCACAAAACUGGCAGAUGAACUCUUUACCAUCAGUCUGCAGUCUGGCACUUUCACGAGACAGACUGU